AUGACCCUGCGAUCCCACCACGGUUGUGCAAGAUGUAAGAAGCGCAGACAGAAAUGUGACGAGGAAAAGCCAAGUUGUACUCGAUGCAUUGAAGCAGAAGUCAACUGUGAGUAUCUAUUGACCCUAAAAUGGGAUGGACGGGUGCCCAGACAGCAGCAUCCUCCAAGAAGGAAGAAGAAAAGGGCAGACACCGAGACUAGCGACCUCCAUGUGGAUCAAUCACGACAGUCCAGCUUGGAGCGGUCCGUGGCUGCUAUAUCUUCAGCUUUGCCGGAUCAGCCUUUCGACGGAGUGCGCCAUGUCCGUGAGCUAAGUCUCUUGAGUUCUUGGGUGCCGACUGAGCGACUAUUGUGGGAUCAUUUCUUGACCACAGCAUCAAUGGUCGCCAGCCAUUCUCGGCUUCGCGAGCAGAUCUGCCAGCAGAUCCUGCCCAUGGCCAUGCAAAUUCCUUCCUUAAUGUAUGGUACUCUAGCGCUUUCUGCUCUUCACCGCUUCACACUGCUCAAUGAAGUACCAGACGGAUUCACUCCCGAGGUGAUGGUCUCCAAUCUCAUGUCAAGGAGCUUGAAGCAUCUCCGAGAGGAACUUGGAACCGGUAGUCCUCGAUCAAGGCUCCUCUUACUCCACACGAUCAGGACGUUGUGCGUGUGUGAAAUAUAUUCAGGCAAGGCAGACUCUGCAUGGCGAAUCCAUGUAGAUGGAGCAAGAGCGAUCCUAAUUUCAAUGCGAUCGAUGAUCGGCCUGUCCGAAGAUGACGAACAGGGCUGGCUCACAUCACGAUGGUAUUCAUCCAUGGAAGCCUUGACAGCGCUUACACACCGAGGUACUAUCCAUGGGACCGAGCAAAAGGGCGAAACCCUUUAUGCCGAAAGCGGGUCCAGGGCUUCUCAAGAUGACUUUCUCGAUAUUUAUACGGGAUACUCGUCUGACCUGAACUCCGUAUUCAAAGACAUUGGAAUUUUAUCUGAGAAACGUCGGCGGUUGACGGCUUCGUACGAUUUGCAGUUGGCAGAUGAUUUGCAAUCUCAGUCAAGUAGACUGGAGGGUAUACUGCGGGAGAUGAUCCGUCGUGACAACGAAGAAGGGCUGAAGAUCCCGCCAAAUAUCACGCUUCCCAGAGACCAACUCAGGCAAUUCAAUGCGUGCAACGUUGCGUAUCAGUAUUCAGCUCUGCUACACAUUCAUCGACGGCUUCAGAGGAGAGAUUCGGAUUCUCCAGAAGUUCAAGCAUCCGUUCAAAAGAUCUUAGAGACUGUCCACGAAAUUCUACCCAUGGAAGCACUUUCUCCCUGGGCGCUGCUUACGACACCAAUAUUUACCGCAGGGUAA